CACUGACGUGACUCAUACUGACAGUUCUGUAGUACUAUUUGUAAACGUGAAUUGAACAGCUGAUCUAUUAGCUACAUCUAAAUGCUAUCAAUGAUCAAUACCAAGCAGCAUGAGGCUUCAGAAAUAGGGGAUAAUCUUAUAAACUCUAUUCAAUUUGACCCAGCAUUUCUUCAGCAAUAUAAACAAGAUUCAUCAAGGAACCACCUGAAGAUUGUCUGUGGUAAGAGGAAAUACACCAAAGAGUCACAAGACCUACUAAAGAGGUUUCCACCAAAUAAGUGGGAGAUACACCCCCCACCACAAAAGUACAGGAGUAAAUUCUACAAGAAGAAUAAGAUUAAGACAACUGGAGAAGGCAAGGAUGAAGACGAGUUCUCGACAGAGGAGGAGCUGCCAGUUGACCCACCUGACGAAGACCUCCGAGAAUGGUUGGAGAGAAGGAAAAUGAGGAAGAAGAAAAGAAUACUGUUCAAUGACUUUCGCACUCCAGCCGAGAUGGAAGCGGAUUACUAUAGUAAUCCUGGCCGCUAUAACAACUACGGUGUUUAGAGGAGAUUAGUUGUUGUGUUUUUUUUUUAUUUAGUUUGCUCAUUUAUUUGCUUGCUUUCCUGAAGUGCUGGUUCAGUUAGUAACACAUUCAGUGUACAUGUUUCAUUCAUUCUUGAACAAGAGGAGGCUUGAUAAUUAAUUAUCAAUGUCUUAGUUUUUUACAAUAAAUCACAGUAUUGUUAGAGAGUAAGCUUAAUUGUUUGAAGCAAUGCAGCAGUUCAUCUUUA